UUUUUAUAUGCACUCUUGUUUUUAUGAGUCUGUGAGAUGGGUGGUCAGGAGGAAGAGGACUCCCCUCAGCUGCUGAGGACCAGGAGCGACGCCUCCUUCAUGCGCAUUCAGAGAAGGUCAAACACACACUCUGCCAGAGACCUGCAGCGCUUGCGCACACACAGAUUCUCAAUCAACGGCCACUUUUACAACCACAAGACAUCCGUGUUCACUCCAGCCUAUGGCUCGGUCACUAACGUACGCGUGAACAGCUCAAUGACGACGGAACAAGUCCUCAGCCUCCUGCUGCACAAGUUUAGGGUGGAGAAUCACACCGAUGAAUUUGUGCUUUACAUGGUGCAUGAGUCAGGCGAAAGGACCCGACUGAAGGACGAUGAACGCCCGCUGGUGACUCGUGUGCUCUAUGGACCCUGUGAGAAAAUCUCCAAAAUCUUCAUCAAGGAGGCCGACCUGGGAGAGGAAGUCACACACGAUGUUGCUCAGUACAUAAAAUUUGAGAUCCCUGUUUUAGACAGCUUUGUAGAGAAACUUAAAGAGGAAGAAGAACGUGAAAUAACCAAACUGACUAAAAAGUACAGCGUUCUGAGAUCUACAAUCCUACAUCAGCUUGAAGGCAGGGGUCAGACCAGUGACAGAGUAUGAGUUUAUUUAUGUGUGAAAGGAAGGGACGGUGGGGUGGAACACUAAGGAUCAGUGUUUUCCCAAGAGAACAUUUCCCAAUACUGUACUGUAAUAGC